AUGGAAUGGCAUCUUACGCAAAAAGGGCAUCCUGCCCUCGAAGGAAAGCCUGAAAGGAUUGGACUAGGAAGCGCGCGAAUCCUCCAACAGUCAGUGGUGAAAACAUACGAAGACAUGACUCUGGAGGAGCUGGAGGAGAAUGAAGAUGAAUUCAACAAGGAGGAUGAGCGGGCCAUUGAGGUGUACAGGCAACAAAGACUGGCUGAGUGGAAAGCGACCCAGCUGAAGAACAAAUUUGGAGAAGUUUUAGAGAUCUCAGGCAAGGAUUCUGUUCAAGAAGUUACAAAAGCCAGGGAGGGCUUGUGGGUAGUCUUGCACUUUUACAAACAAGGGAUUCCUCUCUGUGCCCUGAUAAACCAACACCUGAGUGGACUUGCCAGGAAGUUUCCUGAUGUCAAAUUUGUCAAAGCCAUUUCAACCACCUGCAUACCCAACUAUUCUGAUAGGAACCUGCCCACAGUGUUUAUUUACCUGGAAGGUGACAUCAAGGCUCAGUUCAUUGGUCCUCAGGUGUUUGGUGGCAUGAAGCUGAGGAGAGAUGAGCUGGAGUGGAAACUGUCCGAGUCUGGAGCAGUCAAGACAGACCUGGAGGAAAAACCCAGGAAGCCCAUUGAAGACACGCUGCUAUCCUCAGUGCUCGGUCCCCAUAAGGAGGGACAGUGA